AAAAAAAAAAAAAAAAAAAAUGAAGAAAAAAGAUAAAAAGUGUAUAUGCAAAUAUAAUGUUAGGUAGAAUGUUACUAAUGAUUUUUGACAUGUGACACUUGCAAAUACGACUAUAUAUUUCACGUACAACUUAAAUUAAUUAUUUAAAAGUCCUAAUGUAUUUGGUACAAAUAAACAAAAGUAAAACGAAAUGUUUAUAAAAUCUAACACAAAAUAUUGACAAAUAAUGUUCUUUAAAAUAUGGGACUUUUAAGAAAAAUAAUAAGAAAUGAAAAAAAUUAUUUCAGAACGAUAUACUUAAUUUAUGCUGACUAUUUAUGUCAGAGUUGCCUAGUUUAUAAAGAUGUGUUUUUUGUAAAUGUAUGGAUAUAAGUCGUAAAUGCAUGGAUCGUCUGUAUUAUUUCAAACGUCCAGUGCAUUGAAUUGUAUUCUACUUAAGAGAAUAUAAAAUCCUAUGCAGUGUAGUAUUAGACAUUUAAUAAAAUAAUAUAAGUAUAAAAUAUUUCGAUAAUUCUAUAUAAAAUUUUAUCACAGCUUACUUUCCUUAUUUGGAAGGUAAAUUUUUUAUUGGAUUCAAAAAUACUAAAUUAGGAACUCAUAUUAUCUUGGAACAAUGUCACAAUCAGUUUAUUAUAUUCUAUAUACAAAUAACUAGGGUUUUUAUUCAUUGAAAUAAUAUUUUUUAUUUAUUAUUUCAUCGCUUAUGAUAAAAUAUUACGAUAAUAUGUGACAUUGCGAGUAAUCAGUUCUAUCUGUUCCACGAAAAGAUAUCUUUCUUAUUGAGUGGCAUUGUGGCAUUUAUCAGAAAUCAUGCGAUCAGGUCAAAGUUUAUUGAUUCAUUCCAACAUAAUCUUGUACAGUUACACUUUUGCAAUAGUUACACAACUGCCGGUUAUGUGUGCCUGUCUGAUUGUUUUUACGAUAAUAGAAUUUACAUUGUAAUAUCAUUAGUCAUUCUUUAUAGUAUUUAGGGUAUAAUAUAUUAAUCUGUAUAUUUUAGUGUUCUAUGAUAUUGCGUGAAUAUAUUUUUUAAUGUUAGCUGAAUAAAUUAAAGAAUCAUUAGGUCAGAAUUUUAAAAAUAAAAUAUUCAUGUCUUAUCAAUACAGUAAAUUUUGUAGAUCUGAAAUUGUCGUAAUAUUUUUAUAUUGUACAAUGUUGUCUAAUAAAUAAUGAAGUAUUCCAUUCUCAUUGUAAUAAUGUUAUAUUAUGUCAUUAUGCUAUUGUUCCAUAAUUAGUGUAUUUCUUUUCUAGUUUAUGUCUAAUUGCAACAUUAAAUUUGUGAAAUAGGAAAAAUAUGUCAAUUUCAAAUUACGUAAUUUAUAGAAUUUAUAGGAAUAUAGGUAGAUCUUUUUACAAAAUUAAGAAAUAUUUAAAAAUCUGUAACAUAAAAUAAGUUGUUUCGGCUCACAAUACUUAAUUGUAAAUUACUUUAUAUAUUUAAUAUAUGGAUAUCAUUCCAAUAUAUUAUACAAAAUCUACUAUUGUAAAAAACCUUACGAACGACUCCAAUUAUUAGAUUUUUAAAUAUUUACAAUUGCUAAGCAACAGUAUUACCUCGAUAAUAAACGCAUGUUGAAACCGAGUUGUGUAUGCUAAUAAGGGAGGUAGGUGUAUGGAAAUUGCCAGUUAUCUUUUCAGCUUUUUCGCUUAAAGUCAAAAAUCCACCGGUAAACUGAGCUGAAUUAUGGUACACUGUAUUAAAUUAAAAAAUAUUUGCUUCAACACAUACGGAACCAUUUACGUCAAAGACUAAAAUGUUUUGUAAGGUGUGCUAUGUUUUAAUUUUGAUGGAUACGAUUUUGUACAUAUUGGAACAAAUAUUUUUAAAUUUAGUAUAGUAUACCAUAGUUAGGAAGUUUAUUUUAAUUUUCCGGUGGAUUCCCGUCUUAAGUAUGUACCUAUAAAUUAUUGGAGGCUCGAAGGCCAAAGUGAGAUACAACUGCUAUCGGUGAAUGAAUCAGACAUAUGUUCAUCAGAAAAUCCUCAAAACUUAAUUGCAAUAAUCUCAUAAUUGUAAGGUAAAGAACAUAAAAAUUUUAUUUUUUCAAUUUCGAUGAUUUAUGAGAUAUAUCCAAGAUAUAUAUAUUUAUACACAUAUAUCGUCUACUACCGAUACAGUAUUAUACACAUAUGCGUAUUAAUGAUAAUCGAAGUGGGGAUGAAUAGAUGAAAAGUAUAUGACGCGACGAAUGACGCGUAAGUCGGCAAUACGCACAGUCAGCGCAGUGCACUCCAAGAUUUCGUGUAGUGUGCUUCGUAGUUACCGGUUAUUAUUUAUUGAGCAAAAGAAUCUUUUCUAUUUUGUAUUAUAAAUAUCAAUUUCAUUCAUUAUGACAGAAAAUCGCAAGGAAGUAAGGGUAUGGUGUGAUGGAUGCUAUGACAUGGUGCAUUUUGGUCACGCGAAUUCUUUGCGUCAGGCGAAGGCAUUAGGUGAUUAUCUAGUUGUGGGUGUACAUACAGAUGAAGAAAUUACUAAGCAUAAGGGACCACCAGUAUUUAUGGAACAAGAAAGGUACAAAAUGGUUCGUGGUAUCAAGUGGGUAGAUGAGGUAGUUGAAGGAGCACCUUAUGUUACAACUUUAGAAACAUUAGACAAAUACAAUUGUGAUUUUUGUGUUCAUGGUGAUGAUAUCACUAUGACAGCGGAUGGUGUAGACACGUAUCAUUUGGUCAAAGCAGCAGGUCGUUAUAGGGAAGUUCAGAGAACAGCUGGUGUAUCAACAACUGAUCUAGUAGGUCGAAUGCUAUUAAUGACACGGCAACAUUUUAAACAAGGAGAUAGUGAAUAUAGUGUUGAUAGAGAACCUAGUAAAAGCAUGGGUCAAGAUAGAACAGCUCGAAGUCCAUGGACAGGUUGUUCACAAUUCUUACCUACUACACAAAAAAUUAUCCAAUUCAGUGAUGGGAAAAGUCCACAACCUGGAGAUAAAAUAGUUUAUGUAGCAGGAGCAUUUGAUCUUUUUCAUGUUGGUCAUUUAGAUUUCCUAGAAGUUGCAAAAAAGGAAGGUGAUUAUCUUAUAGUUGGACUUCAUACAGAUCCAGUGGUUAAUAGAUACAAAUAUGGUAAUCAUCCAAUUAUGAAUCUUCAUGAAAGAGUACUUAGUGUGCUGGCAUGCAAAUAUGUUAAUGAAGUAGUAAUUGGGGCUCCAUAUGAAGUUACUAAAGAUCUUAUGGAACAUUUUGAUGUAGCUAUUGUUUGUCAUGGUCAGACUCCUAUCAUGCCUUCUGAGGAUGGUUCUGAUCCAUAUACUGAACCUAAAAGACAGAAUAAAUUUAAAUUAUUGGAUAGUGGUAAUGACAUGACAACAGAGAAAAUUGUUGAACGCAUAAUUCUUCACAGUGCUUAAUUGCAGGUUGGAAUUUGAAAAUAGGAAUUUAAAGAAGGAAAAAAAAGAACAAGCAGCUUACGAAGCCUUUAUAAAGUCUCAGAAAAAAGAAAGGACUGAAUAAUUUAUUGUGUACACUCAAAGUGUGUGAUAAUUAUAUUUUAUGGAACAUAUUUGUAAAUAUGAUAUCACACUAAUAUUUAAAUUAUUUAAUUCUAUUUGAAAAUAUGUGUGGUUUAAAUAUUUAUAACCAUGCUAAAUAUUUAAGGUAUUAACAUGUUAUAGACAAUUUUUUUUUCCAACAACUCAACGACAAAAACAAAUACAACGAUAAAGGUAUGCAAAAGAUUGUGAAUAUUUGUAAACUUAAAUAUUUCUAAUUAGGAAGGUUUAGAGAAGCUUAUUUUAUGUUACAUGCUAAGUCUAAAUAUGCACACAUAUAUAUAAAUCUGGUAUUAAAACUUGGUACUAGGAUAUUAUUAAUAAGCUUUUGAUUAUGUAUCAUGAUGUGAAUAUUAUAUAAAAAUGAAACUUUUACAAUGUUAGGUUUUACUUAUAUAUUUUAUGUAUUUUUUUACAGAGAUUUUAUCAUCAUAUUUAAGGCAUUGCUUAUUUUUUUGACAAUAUAUGCACUAUUUUAUUACUAUAAUUAAUCUAUAUGAAAUUAAAAAUUUAAGCAAAUGAUUUUAUAAACAUUUUACAACCAAAACAUGUAUAUUUUUAAUUUCAUAGUCACUUAGUUAAAUCUAGUUUAUAAUUGGAUUCUUUUUUUAUAGUACAUAAAGUGGAAAUAGUAAAUAAAUUUAUAAGUGUAAAUUAUUAAAUCUAUCUUAUUAACUCUUAAAUGAUUAAUUUGUGGAAUGUUAUGAUUAUUUUUAAAUCUGUUUUUACAUUAAAUAUUUUUUCUUGUAACUUAGAAUAUAGUUGGAAUAUGACUAUAAUAAUUUUGCAUAAUUAUUUGGAAGGAAAGAUAACUAUAUAUAUUCUUCAUAGCACAUAAAGACACAAUAUUAUAAUAAUUAAAGAUAAUAUUAACAUAAUUAUUUAAAUAAAUUGUUUGUUAUAGUAUUAUUGUUCUAUGAAAUGUACUGUAAUUUUGUGCAUUUGCAAUCGAUAUUUUUUUUACGAUAUUUAAUUGUGCAGUAUUUGUAGACUUAUUGUGUAUACAAGAAAUAAUAUUUGUAAUCGUUAUUAUCAAAUACAUGUGUAUUUAAUUAAUACGAAUUGACAAUGCAUUGUACAAGGAAAAUGUACAUUUAUAAACAAAUGUUAAAAUUGUAAAAUAAAUCGUAAGUGCCACAUUUUGUAACAUAAUCAUGUUAUAUUAUUUUUACUUGAAACUAAAUAUUAACCAAAGAUACAUUUUGAUCGUGAUACAAAGUAGGCAAUCUGUUCUACGUUUUUAUUUUGCUUUUAUUACGCUCUUAUUAUCUGUAGAUCAAAAUCUAUUUGAUGUAGAAUUUUUGUAUUAUAUGCUUUACUUUAUUUGAGUAAAGUUGAUUGUUAUAAAUUGUAUCUACAGGGGCGGACUAGCUAUUGGGGGGUUUGGGAAAAUUCCCGGUGAGGCAGUAGGGUUUAGAGGUUUUACGGACUUGGAUCCGCUCUAUGUAGAAUUGUAAUCUCCCAGUAAAACUUAUAGAGAUAUAAAGAUAGAAUACGCGAGUCGUAUGUUAGCGUGUAAGUGGAUGCGAUGUGGGAAUUGAAAGAGAACUCUGCAUAGGACCUUUCUGUUCUUGUUUGAUCAGGCAUGCAACUGAUGCCGCUCGCUAAUUGAGUUACACACACAUAUUUACUGUACGAAUGUGCAUGCGUAUUAAAUAAGAACACAAGAGGUCCCAUUUUCAUAUUUCUACAAUAAAAAUUUGAGUCCUAGUCCGCCCUUGUAUCCUAAUUUAUAUACGCACGAUUGCACAGCAUUACCACAUCCCUCACUAUGUUAUAUUCAUAAACAUGUAAUAGAAUGACAUGCUAUAAAAUAUUGCGAAAUGGAGCGAUCGAUUUAAUUUCUAUCAAUAAUUUAAUAUUCCUAAAAGUGUGGCGUGCAUAAAAAUGUAGUGAUGUUUUAUUUUGCAAUAAAUAACUUAUAUGCGAUCAUA